AGUGAAUGAUGCAUGGAGUUGACUGUCUGACUGUAGAAUGACCUCGACCUUUGCGCAUCUUCACUGCCUCAGCCUCCAACCUCAACCUCAAACACUCCUAAAAGUCCUGCUGACUUGGCCUGAUUUACUCGCUGGACGAAGAGGCUCAUAUCAUCAUCAUCAUCAUCAUUUAUUCUCCUUGACCUUCCUGUCUCCUCUUACUUCAUCGCAUUUGUGCCCACUUGACAGACGAUCCCCAACCUCUUUCUCCCCCUUUCUUACUGAGCAUUCAGUUGUUGCUUGUGCACCCACCCAAACCCCGAACCCUUUUUUACUUAAACUUAUCUAUCCUUUGCGUCAUACCUUCGCCGUCUCUGCCAGCCCGGCCUUUCCUUGCCCUCGCCUUCGAUUUACUUCCAUCCCGUGAAUCCCUACUCCCCCCCCAUUACAUUAUUGAAAUCUGUCUCCGUCAUGUUCUCCGCUGGUCGUCGCAGCAUUCUCGAUGGACUCAAUCGGCGGUACAUCUACGGUCGCUUGCCACUGCUUCAUACGAUAAUCUUUCUUAUCGAGAUGGCGGCGGCAACGCGGCUUGCCGCCAAAUUUAACUCCUACUAUUCGGAGAAACCAGUCCUCACUACUAUGGUCACCAACGCGAUCCUGGGUGGAAUCGCAGACACUGUAGCACAACUGAUCACGGCUGUCAGAGCUGGCUCCGCACGCCGCUCGUCCAAUGGUGGGGACUUCAUCUCGAUUGAGAUCCACGAUCUAGACAAGGAGAAGCCGCCUGCUCUCGGGGAGCUGGGCCAUGCGCGACACGCGAUUCCAGCGUUUGACUUUGAGCGCCUCACCCGGUUCAUGUCGUACGGCUUCUUCAUGGCCCCGGUUCAAUUCCACUGGUUUGGCUUCUUGUCCCGCACUUUCCCUCUCACGAAGAAGAACCCGAGCAUUCCGGCGCUGAAGCGGGUGGCUUUUGACCAGCUCAUGUUCGCUCCUUUCGGGUUGGCGUGCUUCUUCACAUUCAUGACGGUGGCUGAAGGUGGUGGAAAGCGGGCCUUGACGCGCAAGUUCCAAGACGUAUACUUGCCUACGCUGAAGGCCAACUUUGUUCUCUGGCCUGCCGUCCAGAUCCUCAACUUCCGUGUCAUCCCCAUCCAGUUCCAGAUUCCUUUUGUGUCAUCUGUUGGCAUCGCCUGGACUGCUUAUCUGUCAUUGACCAACUCUUCGGAGGAAGAGUGAAAAAAGAACGA